CUCCUCUCUUUAUUAGAGGCGCUCCUCUGCUCCAGUCUUCAGAGCAGCAGGCGCCUUCUUGGACGUACCCGCAGCCUCGCCAAGAUGAGACUGGUUUCCGUCGUGGUCGCGGUGGCGUGUUUGUUGACAGAAAAUCUAGCGCUUCCAGUGGGAAAAGCGGGGCAGAGAGAAGAUGUGGUAACACGCUGUCUGGUUGAAGUCCUGUCCAAAGCUCUCUCCAAACCGGACUCUCAGCUGGACCAGGAAUGCAAAGACAUUCUCCAAGCGGGGGUUGAACAUUCUCCGCUGGACAAGAAGAGCAUCGAGGUGGCAGCAGCUCGCGGAGAGGUGGCCAACGGUGAUCCUGACGCCGCGGAGGCAAAGGGAGCAGAUGUGAAAGACAUCGAGGCUCUCCUCAAAUCCAUCGAGGAUAAAAGAGAAAUCCCAGAAGACGAGCGCAGCCAAGAAUCCUGGAGUCUGGGAGACGAGAAGGAGAAGAGACACGACACCCAGGAGGAAGAGGAAGAGGAGCGGGAGAAGAGGAGCAGCUGGAGGGCUGGAAGAUACCACCAGAAGAAGCACAAACGUGGAGAAGAAGAGGAAGACAACGAGCGCAGUCAGGAGAGCUGGGGGCUCGAUGAAAAGAGAUCAGAAGGAGACGGAGGUGAGGAGAUAGAGAAGCGGAGAUGGAGGCCCAGAUACCUACAAAGGAAACACAAGAGAGAUGAGGAACCUCUAGGGGACGAGCCAGAGGAAGAGCGUAGCCAAGAGUACUGGGACGUGGAAAAAAGGCAAGGCGCCGAAGAUGAGGAGGAACAACAUAAGCGCAUAUGGAAGCCCACGCAUCGCUACCACCACAAGAAGAAGCUCCACAAGCGCAGCGACGAACCGCCAGAGGAGCAGGACGACGGCGAACGCAGCCAGGAAUCCUGGGGCCUGGACAAGAGGGACUGGAGGGCGGGAAGGUUCCACCAGAGAAGACACAAACGGGAUGAAGAUCUCCCCGAAGAAGCCAGGGAAGAGCCUGACGAGGAACGCAGCCAGGAAUCCUGGGGCCUGGACAAGAGGGACUGGAGGGCCGGAAGGUUCCACCAGAAGAGACCCAAACGGGACGAAGAUCUCCCCGAAGAAGCCAGGGAAGAACCUGACGAGGAACGCAGCCAGGAAUCCUGGGGCCUCGACAAGAGGGACUGGAGGGCCGGAAGGUUCCACCAGAGGAGACCCAAACGGGACGAAGAUCUCCCCGAGGAAGCCAGGGAAGAACCUGACGAGGAACGCAGCCAGGAAUCCUGGGGCCUCGACAAGAGGGACUGGAGGGCCGGAAGGUUCCACCAGAGGAGACACAAACGGGACGAAGAUCUCUCAGAGGAAGCCAGGGAAGAACCUGACGAGGAACGCAGCCAGGAAUCCUGGGGCCUCGACAAGAGGGACUGGAGGGCCGGAAGGUUCCACCAGAGGAGACACAAACGGGACGAAGAUCUCUCAGAGGAAGCCAGGGAAGAACCUGACGAGGAACGCAGCCAGGAAUCCUGGGGCCUCGACAAGAGGGACUGGAGGGCGGGAAGGUUCCACCAGAGGAGACACAAACGGGACGAAGAUCUCUCAGAGGAAGCCAGGGAAGAACCCGAUGAGGAACGCAGCCAAGAGUACUGGGACUUCGAUACUGGAAGGGAAAAGAGAGCCUGGAGGGCCGGCAGGUUCCACCAGAAGAGACCCAGACGGGACGAAGAUCUCUCCGAGGAAGCCAGGGAAGAACCUGACGAGGAACGCAGCCAGGAAUCCUGGGGCCUCGACAAGAGGGACUGGAGGGCAGGAAGGUUCCACCAGAGGAGACACAAACGGUACGAAGGGCUCGCGGAGGAGGCGAGAGACGAGCCGGAAGGGGAACGCAGCCAGGAGGACUGGGGCGUCGACAAGCGCCAUGGAACCGAAGAGGCGGGCUUGGAGAAGCGCACAUGGAAACCGACACACCGGUACCACCAUAAAAAGAAGUUCCACAAGCGAGGCGGAGGCUCGUCGGAGGAUGACGCCGAGCAGGGGGCGGAUUCCGAGGAGACGGAGGACGGGGACGAAGCGACGAGGUAUCUGGCUGAGAAGCGUAAUCCUUGGAUUUACAGAGGAUUCUACCAUCCCGCCUGGUACAAGAGGGAUUCAGAUGAGCAAUCCGCAACCUCCAACAAGAUGGACGAACUGGCCAAGUUGGUGAGCUAUAAGAUGAACCAGCUGGCCAAGAACCAAGAGGAGCCCAAGAGGAGCAUGCACCAGAGAGCACUGACCCCGCAGGAGGGUAAAGAGCUGGAAAACCUCGCAGCGAUGGACACGGAGCUGCAAAAAAUCGCUGCCAAGCUGCAUGACAACAUGAGUGCUUAAAAAAAACAAAAAACAAAACAGAACGCGCAGUCUUCUUCAAAGCGGAGCAGCGGGGGGAAAACCUGCGUCUUACUGUAUGUCAGCUCAUUUAGUGCGCUUAGUGAUAAAAGAAGAAAAAAAAAUCUGGAGCCAAAAGAAAACAGCUUGUUUAUCAGUGUUUUGUGAUAUUUUGAUGUUCUCAAAUUACUCAGCAUGGAAAUGGUAUUGGUGUUUACAUAUAAAUAUAUAAUAAUAUGGACAAAUGAUUAUAAAAACAUGCAUCGGAGAUGAAUUAUUCAAGUCAUCGUGUUCUGAAGAGUUUGAUCAAUCUGCACUCAAUAAAAAGGAAUUAUUCUGGGACCAAACAAAUGUCUCUCAAAUUAUUUCAUGAUUUAAAAGAAGAAAACAAGUGUUCACACAGAAGUCUCUUUUUGUACUGCUUAUUUAUUCUGGGCAGAUACAGAUGUUACCCACAGUCAGCAGCUGGAUCAUUAAACAAAUGGACCUUUCUGCGGGGAUAACAAAAUAAUAAAAAAAAUAAUAAAAAACACAAGACGAUUCCUGCAGCUCACCACAGAAUACAAAGCUCAACUCGGCACUACGCCUCCCUGGCGCUGAUCUCACUGCACAAGAUGGAGGAUGACGAAUGCGGAGGGGGGGGGGGGGGGCG